GCUAAACAGGAGGCGGGAUUGUAGUGCUGUCAGCCAAGCGAUUUUGGAUACUACUGCACGAACGUACUGGUCGGAACCAAUCAGAUUCCACUCCACUCAGUUCCACAGUGAAAUUGUGACGGAUCCAGACGUCUUUUGCGGAAACAUCAAGACGCCUAGAAUCAAUACUAAAAAGACGGAGACGGAGCGCAACUUCUUGGCACCCUGAAAUGCGGUGUCAACAUGUAAUGGUGUGAUACCACAAUUCUGCGGAGACAGGAGAAGGCCACCCCAUGACAGUCUCGCCUCGCGCCGAACGUCUUUGCGCAUCCCACAUCAGCAGCGGUGUCUCGUUUUACGCUGCUGAGCGGAAUUGCUGAAGUACUACCAGCUAUUGCCACAGAAAAAGAUCUGAUUUUGCCGAGCGUUUGGGAAUUAUUGUGGGGACCUGCUAUGGUCGCAGGGCUUACUGGAAUGGCUCGCUGGGGGUUUUAUGGGGUUUUGAUGGGGCUAUUGAAGCUCAGCUCAUCGUGUCCUGCAUCAUGUUCUUGUAAUACCUCGAAGAUCUCGUGUAUCGAUCAAGAUCCAGGGAUCGAGGAUUUCCCUAUCUUGGUGCCGGAUACCGACAUGGAAAACAUCACUGAUAUAUACAUUACAAAUCAGAACAGACUAUUUACAAUUACUGAGGACUACAUGAAGUUUUACACAAAUCUCAGGAACUUAACAGUGAUCAACACUCAUCUGACAAAUGUAUCUACAACAGCUUUUGUCAAUAAUGCCAAACUUCAGUAUUUGAAUCUCAGAGAAAACAAUUUGUCAACAUUAUCAUGGACUGCGAUUCGCAAUUCAAACAUGUCUACUUUGCUUCUGGCAGGAAACCCUCUGCAGUGUGUGUGUGAGAACAUGUGGAUCAAGGCCUGGGUGGAUGAGAGUGAAAGAGAUCAGCUCCAGUGCAUGGAGGAAGGGGGAAGAGUUAACGCCCUCUCCAAACUCACUGUUCCCUCUUGUGAGUAUCCGCGAGUACAAGUCAUCCCUCAUGUCGUUACCAAGAUGGCAGGAAGUGAUGCAAUAGUGUCCUGUACUGCAUCUGGUGCUCCAGCCCCUGUGCUUUUCUGGAACCUGAAUUCUAUUGACCAUCCACCACUUACAACCAGCCAUGAGACAAACUCCUCUAAGAUGAAAUCCACAUUGACACUGAGUGGACUUUCUCCCAGUGACAAUGGCCGUGAGAUCACAUGCAGUGCUGAGAACAUUGUGGGCCAGACUGAGGCCUCAGUCAUCCUUCACAUCCUCUUCCCCCCAACCAUCCUGCAGCUGUAUGAGCCCGAGCGCAACCAGGACUGGUGCAUACCGUUCAGUGUAACAGGCAACCCCAAGCCUGAGCUGCAGUGGUACCACCAGGGGCAGCUGCUGGAGGAGCAGGACUACAUCAAAACACAGAUUCACGAGUCGACAGAGAGCGAGUACCAUGGCUGCCUGCAGCUCAACAUCCCCACGCACAUCCACAACGGGCUUUACACACUGGUGGCCACCAACAAGUUCGGCGAGGACCAGAAGAACGUGACGGCACACUUCAUGCUAAUCCCUGAUGUCGAGCACUCAGGAGCAGAUGGCUUCUACUAUGAUACAACUGACACACCAGAAAUGCCGCCACAGGAGGAUAAAGUUGCCGUUUAUGUAGUGGUGGGGAUAGCUGGGGUUGCACUGACUGGCUGCAUCUUGAUGUUGAUAUUUCUCAAAUAUGGAAGAAGCUCAAAGUUUGGGCUAAAGGGCUCCUCCUCUGUUAUCAGUAACGAUGACGACUCAGCCAGCCCACUCCAUCAUGUCUCCAAUGGCAACAACACACCGUCGUCUUCUGAGAUGGGCCCAGAUGCCGUUAUUAUCGGCAUGACGAAGAUACCUGUCAUUGAGAACCCCCAGUACUUCCGCAACCCUGGCAGCGUACUGAAAUCAGACACUUUCGUCCAACACAUCAAGCGCCACAACAUAGUCCUGAAGAGAGAACUCGGGGAGGGGGCAUUCGGUAAAGUGUUCCUAGCUGAGUGCUACAAUUUGUCACCAGAUCAGGAAAAGAUCCUGGUAGCUGUCAAGACUCUAAAAGAGGCGAGUGAGAGCGGGCGAGCCGACUUCCACCGAGAGGCAGAGCUCCUGACAAAUCUGCAGCAUGAACACAUCGUCACCUUUUAUGGUGUGUGUGUGGAGAGCGAUCCUCUAAUCAUGGUGUUUGAGUACAUGAAACAUGGAGACCUCAACAAAUUCCUAAGGGCUCAUGGGCCGGACGCGGUGCUGAUGACAGAUGGGCAGCAAAGCUUGCUGGUGGAGCUGACUCAGUCACAGAUGCUGCACAUCGCUCAGCAGAUCGCAGCAGGCAUGGUGUACCUGGCCUCACAGCACUUUGUACAUAGAGACCUUGCCACACGCAAUUGCCUGGUGGGAGAGAAUCUGCUCGUCAAAAUAGGGGACUUUGGAAUGUCCAGAGAUGUGUACAGCACUGACUACUACAGGGUGGGUGGUCACACCAUGCUGCCCAUUCGCUGGAUGCCUCCAGAAAGCAUCAUGUACCGGAGGUUCACCACAGAGAGUGAUGUCUGGAGUCUAGGGGUGGUCCUCUGGGAAAUCUUCACCUAUGGCAAGCAGCCCUGGUACCAGCUCUCCAACAACGAGGUGAUUGAGUGCAUCACACAGGGCCGGGUACUGCAGAGACCUCGCACCUGUCCCAAAGAGGUGUAUGACCUGAUGCUGGGCUGCUGGCAGCGUGAACCGUAUAUGAGACUCAACAUCAAAGAGAUUCACAAUCUGCUCCACAGCCUGGCCAAGGCUUCGCCUGUUUAUUUGGACAUCCUCGGCUGACCGUCUGUGUGUGUGUGUGUGUGUGUGUGUGUGUGUGUGUGUGUAUGUAUGUGUGUGUGUGUGUGUGUGUAUGUGUGUGUGUGUGUGUGUGUGUGUGUGUGUGUUCUUGCUUGUGCUUCUGCCUCCUCACUACAUAGACAAAAGGCCUUAAAGUUGAUUGUGUGUGUUUCUGUAUGGUUUUUUCCUUCCUUUGGAGACGUCUGUUUCUGCCCUUCAACAAAUUGUACAUUUUGAAUUCUGUACAUGCCGGGGACGAACAAAGGGAAUCAGACUGAUCGCUGUAAAUACUCCUUAUCACGGACCACCAAUUUUGGAGGCUUUUUAGUUUUUUCUCCUAAUGACUGGGAACAUUUUGCAGAACAACAAGCAAAACAGAAAGCAAAAAAGAAAGAAAGAAAAAAGAAAAAAGAUUAAAAAGCUAAAAAAUUCAAAGAACAAGAAGGCCCUUCAAUCAGGUCGGGUGUAAGCUUAAGUGUGUCAAGGACAAUGUUGAUAUUUGUGAAACACUGACUUUUUGGGGAAAGGGAAACAUUUUGUUGUGGAUUUACCAUUGUGUUAUUCUUUUUUCUUUUUUGCUACCUUGGUGCCAUUUUUUUCAUAUACACUUAUUGGAAAAUGGUAAGAAGAAUCUGUUUUGGAGUGAAAGGAGGCCCAAUAAUUAGCACAACCCAGUUACUGCCCUGGCCAUACAUCAUGGUUAACCAAGUACGGAUUGCAAUACAGUUGUUCAAACUGUGGAAAAAUUAUUUUUAACCACCAGAUUCCAUCACUUUUUUUUUUAUUUAUCCAGCCUUUACACUGGUGAUAUAUAAUUUUAAAACCUUUUCCCCUAUUAAGGCAUUAAUUUUUCAUUUUUUAUUACUGUGGUGAAAAUGCACUAUAGAGUUCACAUUUUUAAGGGGGUAACAAGCACAUUGACAUGAAGGCAUCCAGGAUUCUUUUGAGUGAACUGAAAGGUGUCGCAAUUCAGUUCUAAAGCAGUUGUGCAGGGGACAGAUAUUAGUUCUUAAAUCGGUUUCUUCAGUUUUGGUUAGAGCACAGUGGCAUAGUCACCAGCAGUGGCAUUCCACAAUAAUGUCAUAGGGGCAGUGAAAUGGCUGCUCCAAAUAACUGGGGCAUUUUACCCAUUUAAGCACUAAUUAAGGGCCUGUUUGGUCACUUUGUGAAUGAUGGUUACAGCAAUGAUUGCUUCAUAGGACACCAGGCUGAGAUUAGUCAAUGGCAAAAAGUGACCAGAUUUAUGUUCCUUCAGUGUUUAUGUUAUUGGUCAUAUCGUAUUUUACCAUUAAAUGGGUUUUACCUUUUAGAGAAUUUAAGAUUACUUUUUUAGCCCUUAGGGUUUAUAAAUCUCAGAGGUUGUCUAUGGUGUAACCACAUCCACUAAAAACAUUGCACUUAUAAUUCUUCAUAUUUAUUAGUUUUAUAUGAUCUAUUAUUUAAUAUGAAAUAACUGCUUAAUAGUGUUUAAGUGAUAUUCUCUGGUGAUUCUUUUUGAUGUGGGCAGUUUCAAAGCGAUGGAUUUGGUGGGCACUGUGACGUGAGUAUUGACAUGAGACUGGUAUCAUGUGAAUCUGGCCAUCCUUGAGGUCACUAAAGAAGACAAAAACCCUAUGAAGGGGCAGCCAGUAUUCUUUGUGUGUGUGUGUGUGUGUGUGUGUGUGUGCUUCAACUCCACCAAAUAGACUACAUGACAAGAGGAGGAUUAAUAUUGGAAGAUGUAAUAAUACAAGUCUCAAUACUGACAUUUUUAUUGAAGUAAAUGAAUCACUAACUGCAUAAUGAUACUAGUUUAUUACAUCUGAACUACACACAUUCUUGGCCAAAUUUAUGUAUGAUUUUAACACUUCAAUAUGGAACAUCCUCCAGUUCACAUUAAGUUCUAGUUUCAAUAUGGUGGGUGUCCUUGUAGUCUUUCUGUUAGCAAUGUGUUGUGAAUGAGUUUUUGUGAGUGCAAAAAGGACAAAGCUAUGAGAAGUGUUAUAGUGAGUGAGCGCGUGAUCAAAAUGUAAAUACUCAUCUGUCACGUUUCUUGUCCCUUGUACCCUGAUGUCAAACUUCUUCUGAGCAGUCUCUGCGCUGGCUACUUUUUAGGGCAAAAUAAAAGCUCUCUUCCCAUGUCACAGAAAGGUGAUUCUAAACAUGUCAAGCAGUAGUCAGCACUGGUUGGCCUUGACCCAAUGAAGUUUUCCAAAAUCUCUGAGCUCUAACCUUCCUUUAUGGGGACUGCUCAUAUUUUUGUAAUAUUCACUAUACAAUUGUAAGCACUGAAAAAAAUGCACAGAAAGAGAUUUGUUUCUUUUAAUAGAUGAUAUUUGUUCAUCAGGCAGAUCCUUUAUUCUGGAAGUAUGAUGUUCUGUAAGGACUUAAUUUGUUGUACUGAUAUCAGAUUUUAUUGAUGAAAUUAGUUUUUAGCAUUUUAGCUGAUUGAAGGCUAAACUAGUCCAAACUUGGAUCUGAGGAAAAUAUGAAAUAACAUGAAAAACUGCACACUAUAAAUAUUUUAAGAUAUUAGAACUAAAACUAUUACACUAAGACCUAAACCUCUGUCCAAAUCUUUUGCAUUGUGACAUACUGAUUAAAGUUCAUCAAAGAUGGGAUUUUUUUGUUUUGUACUAUAGAGAUGUAUGUCUGCUCUAAAUAACCAGCCUGUACUUCAUAGCCCAUGCUGUACAGUUCAAAUAUUUGUGUAUAUGAAUAGUAUGUUCAAUAUAUAUUCUGUUAAAAAAGAUCUAUCAUGUCAAAUGUGUGACAAUAAUUAUAAAGGGAUGGAAAUAUUUCUCCUGGGCCACAGGUAACAAUGUGCGUGUAAAUACAAAUAAUUUUGUGUGACAAUGUAAUGUAUUAUUUUCCUCUGUGCUUGUUCACAAUAUCACUGAGAAUAGAAUUUAUUUUAUUUAGAUUUCUCCUAUCAUUUUAAUUUAUCCCUUUUCCUCAUGUAGAAACAAAUUCAGCAUUAAUAGAAGCUUUACUUUGCCCUAUUAUGGGUUUUUUUUUUUUGAGGGCAAGUUCCCUUGGUGAUCAACACCACAGCCAUGGUGAUCUACAGCUCGGUCAGGGCUACUAGCCAUGUGGACACACCCAUCCCUUCCCCCUCCCACCUUUUCUGGGUAAUCGCUCCAAUGUUGUUUUUUAAACGAAGAACUGUGACCGGGUACUGGAACACUGUAUUACUUUUUUUGAAUGUAUUUAGAUGGAAUGGGGACUUUUUUGAAUGUAACCCAUCUUGGGUUCUUUUUGUUUCCCAUUGAAGAAACUGAACUUUACUAUUUAUGUUUCUUUUUAACAAAAUGUAUGUUUUAACCCAAUUUCUGGUAAGAGUGAUCGUGUGUGUCCCCUAGAGAAUAUGUGUGCAGUAUGUAAGUGUACGAGUGUUAAUUGCCUCAAUUUCUUUUGCUCCUGGCAGACUCAAUCUCUCACUGCUUAUAUAUCAGUAUUCUAUGCUUUGUGCAUCCCGUGAGCAGCUUCUCUGCAGUCAGUGGAAAUGUUCCUUGUAAAACUGUGCAUUUAAUAAAGGUGGUAUGUCUUACAAUACUGUUUGUCAUUUGUAUGUACAUUACAAUAAACAAGUCAUUAUAACUACAUUACCAUCAGUGACAUUAAACAAGCAAAGUUUUCUCCAUUUGUGUUAAACCAAGAUACUUUUAAUGUGCAGUGCAUUCAAUGUCAAAAGAGAAAAUAUCCCAUCCUUAGUUUUCAAAUAUACGAGGUGAAUAUGAUUUACUCAUGAACAGGGUAACAAUCUUUUUGCAUUGCAGGGACUACACAUGCAUUACUUUAACUGCAUGAGUAAGCUAGUAAAAUCCCCUGAUGAAAUAUACAGUUGCAAUAAUAAGUUGUUAUGGUUUGUCAUUCAUUCUUUCCACCUCCAUCAUUAUCUUGACUCUUAUUAAUCUUUUGGCAUAGAAGGAAUAAGCAGAAAGUUAAUGCUUCAGUACUGCUGCUCACUAGACUAUUUUGGCAAAGAGGCCACUUGCAGGCAUGAAAGGCAUCCCAAGGGUAAGGUUUAAGUCUAACAAUAACUACGGUCUAAUGACAAGGACAGCUGAAAUUAACCAAGGCUCUACUCAAACAAAGCAAUGCUACUCCCCAUUGUUGACUUUUGUAGAUGGGCACAUAGAGAAGUGCAACAGUGGUUAUGAACAUGUAGUAUUAGUUAUUAUACUGUCUGGGAAUGUGAAACUUGUAGCCCAUGGGCAAGCAAAACUAAAGUUAUCUGUGAGCCAAAUUCACAUGCAGUUAUAGUGGUAAUGCUGCAAGUAAUAAUUUGAUUUUUUUUUUUUUUAAGGCAAUAUUACAUUACAUGAGUAGAAGUGUUUUUCCAUGACUAUGCAUGUAAAACACAACCACAAAGAGUAAGAGGACGAUGGGUUAUUUUUCAUCAAAAGCUGUGCGCCAUUUUUAUUGUAGUAUUCUAAAUUUACAUUAAAAAAAGAAAGUCUGCCCAUGUCCUAGAACCAUUAUGAAAGUUAACGCACAAAUUCAAUUCAAUAUACAUCUCAUUGUAUUUUACAUUGAGGAUAAGAGUAUAGGCAUGGAAGUGGCAUGAUUCAAUCACAAGGUUGAAUAAAAAUCAAGAGGAAAAAAAGAAAAUCAAAACCUGAAUAAAUAGAAGGUGCUAUUUUUUAAGCAGAGCAAAAAUCAGAAUGUCAUUCUUUAAAAAAAGAAGUUGAAAAGGAAAACACAAACAAUGCCUGAAAUGUGGCAAGUCUUAAGCUCUCCUUCAUUAACUGAAGAAAGUGAUAAAAGAAAGGAAAAAGGGAUAUUUGGGUCUGCAUUCAAAGACCUUCUGAGUUGCAGUGCUGGUCUAGGAGAAGACUUCCCCUGUUUAAUGGUGAUUUUAACCACAAACAAUAACCCUAGAUCAGCACUCCGUCUCCGAGAUCCAGUGAGAGCAGCAGCUGUUGCCUACUGGAAGCAGAGGUGCAAAGCAGAGUGUGAUGAGCAUGGAGAAGCCAACUGUUCUGUACAGGUGCAAAAGUUAGAAAGUACAUCUGGUGAUUACACAGUUGUCACUAAAACAUCAACGUCUAGAAAAAAAAAAUGUUAAUAGGCAAGUUCUCUUUUUGCCUGUAGAGAUUAUCUUUUUAUUUAUUUCUUGGCAAAAAGAAAGAUCCUCCAUCACGUUAGCUUGACAAAUUUGUUUCACUGUUGUUUUUUUGCAGCAUUGGUUACAUCAAUUUAUCAGGGUGAGGUGCCUGCUAGCUCAAAGAAGGGCAGCCUGGAGCUCAGAGACAAAACUGAACUGCAUUGUUUUCUUAUGAAGCUACUGCAGAUUCCAAUUUCGCUUUUGCUUUCCUUUUAUAAAAACAUGGAAAAAAAAA